CCCGACCGAACUGAAAAGAAGAAAAUGGCGUUUACUUGUUGAUUGGUGCGGGCCGCGGGUCUGAAGUCCAUUUCUUAAUUUUCAUUGUCGUUUAAAUUAAUUCUCUCUAAUCAUUAUUACACAAAUUAAUUAUUUAUUCUGUUCAGUGUUCAAAAAUGAUGGAAUGUGACAUAUAUGACACCAUGAAGAUGAUAGAUCAGAGCCAAGACAGUUUCCUCGAUACCAUAAAGCCACUGUUAGCGGAAGGUCGUGAGGGUGAAUUGUGCGAGUGGAUGAAAGAAAUCGGUCUCCUUCUCGGUUCUGUGAAAUGUCCUAACUCUACUUGUAAUGGGCUGGAGAUGCAUUGGAAAAAGGCCCGCAUAAUCGAUAAAUUUAACUGGCUGUGCACAGAGUGCAAGAAAAAAGUGCCAAUAAAAACAGGCAGCUUUAUGGAGGAGUUUCAAUGUAGUGUUAAAGCCUCUGUAGAAACUAUGUUGGCAUGGUGUAAUAGCCUGAAUCCCGAAGAUGUAGUUAUUGAUGGCAAAACGAUGAAGACAUCGUUAGUUCGACGGAUUUACGGGCAGUGCACAUUCAUAGCAGACUGGUACAUGCAGAAUCACCCGGAACUGUCACAACUUGGGGGUGAAGGCUCAGUAGUGCUGGUGGACAUCUUCCCUGACGGCUCAAUGACAACAGCGCCACAUAAUAACAAUUACAGCAAAACUAUAUUGUGUGUCGCAGACACGUCACAUAUGCCUGCCAGAGUCUGGGCUCAAGUUGUGGACCAGGACCUGCACAAAGACUAUGGACGUGUGCUGAAUGCUGUGUUGUCACAUGUCAGACCUCAGUCUACCCUGGUAGUCACCCCUCGUUUGUUCCCUGACCUCGUACAGUACGCCAAGGGAAUGGCGGAGAUCAUCAGUGUGGAGGCGCUCAUGUCCCUAGACCCAGAUGACUACCAGCGCUCACUCAAGAACUUGGAAACAAUCUGGGCAACAACAGUGGCCACUUGUCAAGAGGUUCAACAGCUGAGCUCUAGUGAGACGACACAACUGUUACGAGAGCUGCAGUGGCGGCAGAUCUUCACCUCGCACACCAAGUACCUGUUCCAACACAUUGUAGAGCAUCAACACGCCAAGUCACCGAGCUCUACAAGGCUAACCUCCUUGUCUUUAUCUCCGAUGUCUCCGUUACCAGCCCUUACGCCUUGACUACCCAACGCACACAAUGUGUACUCUACGAAAAUACUAAACCCUACCAAAUAGUCAAGUUUCUCUAUUUCACAAUUUAUAAAGGAACUAAGAAUCUUACCCAUAUUGUUGUGAAGUAUCACUUCCGCUAUUGUGUUCCACACAAACUGUUAGUCAAAAAAGUUUCAUACAAAAUAAUCUUCACAAAUAGUCUCAGGAUUUUUGCAUUAGAAAUUAUGUAGAGGGUCGACACAACGUCUGAAAAAGUCCUCUCUAACUUAAAAAUGAACAAUAUUUUAGUAGAAAUGAACUUGAUCAAAAUAGAGAACUUGGGCCAUUUUUUUAAGCCAGGUAUUUUGGGUGCAGCCUCAACAUUUUAAUAUGUAAACCUUGUUAUAAAGGUAUAUUAAUCCUAAGUGUGAUAAUAAUUGUUAAGUGUUAAUCCAUUGGCCUAAUCAUUGUAAAUGAGCCGUACAUAAAUGUUGAUGACCAUAUCGGUCUUAAAAUCCCAGAACAUGUUCAUUUGUUCAAUGACCUAUUUGCCAAGUGUCCAGUUGUGCAGUAAGAAAGAUUUCCAUCAUGAGAGAUAAUAAUGGUGUUGCCGUGAUCGUGGGAUUGACCACAGAUGUUGCCACCAUUGCCGCAGAUGAUUGUUGCUUUGAUUCUAAUGUAAACCUCUUUGAAGAUAAGCUACAAGUUUUAGAAUGUUUUCUAAAUAAAUAAAUAAUUGUGAGAAUAGCUCUUAUAGUAAAUUUGAUAUACUUUCAAAUUUAACUUGGAUUCAAGAUUCAAAUUUUUAGGAUUCAAUUAGACAUAUAAAAUUCCUGGAUUUGAUCAUCGCUUUAAUGUUUGACAUAACGACAAUGAACCAAAACCAAUGACCAUGAGCAAUGAUCAAUGUACAAAAAUGUUUAUAUAGAUAAUAGUUUUUUUUUUUUUUUUUAUUAGAAUUAAUUUAGUGUCUUCAAUGCAUUCUAGUGUACAAGUACAAGUUCCUAAAUAAGUGACAUUUUAUUUUUUAAAGGAAUUUUGAUCUAUUAAUUUAAGGACCUAAUAAAUUUGACCUAAAUAUUAAUUUGUAACCUGGUAUGGUUCUUGAAUUUAUUUUUAUGGCUUGCUGGCCACCCUGAGUUUGGGUCACAUAAACGGGACUCUACUUUAACCCUUCAGACAGUGCUACGUGUAUCGCACGGCAUUUAGCGGUAUGGUAGAUGUAGGUCCAGAUCCAACUUGCGCUUUAGUUAUUUUAUUUGUCAAAUCCCUUUUCCCGGCCGGUUGACGGUGACACGGUGGCAAAGUUGAUUAACAUGUUGCACUGAUGAUUGUGGCCCUGAGGUCCUUUCUACAUGCGCCUUUGUUAUUCCCAUAAUUAUGCAAAUCUUAAUGUGUAAGCCUACUAAUAUGUGGCUUACCCGGUAGGAGGGAACACCUGAGUAAAUGGUUUCGGGUUUGGGUUGUUGUUGCCGGAAUCAGUGAGUUGGAUAGGGGCUGCACGGAACAUCUGUUUUGCUAUCUUGCUGUUUUACACAAGUACAGCAACAGUUUUAUCAUAAACUUUGGUUAAAUAUUAUUAAUUGAGUUUAAAUACAUAUGCUACAUAAGACAUCAAACAAAAUAACAUUGAUAAAGAAAUUGUAAACCAAUCCCGCAGAGGGUUAGGUUAUGGUAAGGCUAGUAAGAUCAGUCAAUGCUGGAACAGUGUAGCCUAAAUGUUGACAGUUAGUUUUAAAUCCAAACUGUUGUGUUAAAAAAGUUAUUAUGGUUUAAUUUGUUUAUUAAUUAUUUUUUUUUAUUCUUCCGAAUAGUUCAUUAUGAUGACAAAUUGUAACAUUUGUAAAGAAGGCCAAUGGGUUAACAGGGGUGUGCUCCACUUUGCGGUUAGUCCAUUUUGCAGUCACUCCAUCUUGCAGUCAAGUGUAAGUUACAGAGGGGGCGAAAGAGUCCUAUGGGUGGGGUUACCAGUUUGGGGUCGGAUUUCAGAUGGUAAAAAACAAUACACAACGUUUCAGGAUCUGGAAUCUGAUCCCGAAACGUUGUGUAUUGUUUAUUACCAUCGUGAUGGAAAAUGUCCGCAAUAAACCUUUGAACAACAUUCUUAAAGAGUUUUUAUUCAGCAUGAUCAUAGUCUCAGACAUUCUUGCACCGUAUCCUCCAAGCAAUUCCUUAGCUUGCCUACAUCCUGGACGAGCAGUCCUGCCUUUGGCUCUGGUUACAUUUUUGUCUUCCUUGAACGAGUCUUUGAGUGCACAUCCUGGUUAUGACCCUAUGAGGGGGGUAGCUGCUGCCUCUGCCCAAGCAAGCUUAUUUGCUUCUUCAUUUCCCUAAAGGAUAUCCAGGUACCCAAAGGAGUGAUAACUUGUUGUUCUUUCAGACAUUUGCCGGCAAUUCCAUACCACCUUAGAGCUGAUAACUGACGAGCUCAGUGCUCCAGUGACAGCCUGGCUAUCUGACAGGAUAACAAUUUCUCUUUCCUUGUAUCCUCUACUUGUUGAAUCGGGCACAUCUUUCAAUAGCCUUAACUUCAGCCUAAAAAAUGCUGGGGGAGUGCCCCAACGACUCAUUGUACUUGGUUCUUGGCCCAAAUACCCCUACUCCGGUCCCCUCAUCUUUGGGCCAUCAGUAUACCACCUGAUGACAUGAUUCCCAAAUGAUUUUAGGGGUUUUCCAUCCCAGCCAAGUUUAUUCCCUAGCUCAACAACAAAGUUCUUUUCGAAGCUCUACUUCCUUACCAUAGAAUCCGUUGGAAGGUACAUCAGAUCCCUUAGACCUGGCGGGAAUAACUAACCACAAACCAUGGAGGAUAUGUUCGUGCCGUUUUUCUCCAUUCUAAGUAGACUCUCCCUUGCUAUUCUCUCUACCAUAAUGUGUAGAGGUGUCAGAUUCAAAACCACUUCUAUGGCCGCGGUUGGACAGGAUCUCAUGGCUCCUGUGAUGAUAAUGCAGACCAGCCUCUGUACUCUCUCCAGGGCUUUCCUUGUUGUUUCCACCUUGGUCCUGCCAGCCCAAGCUACACACCACACACAUACAUACUUCCUCUUUUAUAGAUAUAGAUAGGUCUCACCAAAAGGGUAUACAUGCUUUUUAGUAUGUAUGGGUUACAGCCCCACAUCCUCCCAGCGUACCAUCUGCAUACCAUCAAGGCAUUAGUGGCUUUGUUGGUCACCUUUUCUAUGUGUCUGUUCCACAGUAGUUUCUUGUCAAAGUAGUUUAGUCAACUAUUUAUUUAGAGAGUGGAGGAUAUAUGAUUUUGGUUACAUGCUCUUAUUGGUGUACACCAUACCUAUGCGUCACCUGCCUGUCUCGCUUGCUCUGCGUCAUCCACCUGGCUUGUUUAUUCUAAAGAUACAAUAAAAAAUGUGUGAUGGCAAAAUGGAAAAAUACUUAUUGUGCGCGCCAUAACAUUUUUGGAGGGACCACAAAAUGGGCGAUAUUACUGAUCGCAAAUUGGACAUAACCGGUUUAACUCUUUAACGAGUUGAGUGUACUGAGAACAUCAAGCGUAGUUUGAUCUUUUCAUAGAGUACACACUUACAUUGAUUAAACAAAGCAUUUCAGUUGGGCUCGGUUGGUAAUUAGUAUUUAUAAUCGUAAGUAGCUAUGUAGUUCCCGGUUUCAUUCAUUUCAAGGUAGCUAAUUUUCAAUUAAAUUCAAGUUGCUUUUAACAACAUAUCAGGUAUAAAUAAUAUUAUUAAAAGCAUUUAGAGUGGGGAGUUACCUCUGAAGUGAGUUGUCAAAAGCAACUUGAUAUAGAUUUUUAAGUUUACUGAUGCAUAACUUGCCUUUGGAUUGAGGAUUAUGUCAAUUUUGAAGUAUAUUAAAAUGUAGAUCUCUUUUCUUUACAUUUUCUUUAUCCUCGAUCAAAGGUUUUAAACAUAAUGUUUAAGGCUCUUCCAAACCGAAGCGGGAAAGUGGCGGGAGCGGAAAGGGAGCGAAUGACCGGCGGGAACCAGCCGCAGCGAUACGUGGCGGGAAAGAGGUAGCCCACACCGAAGCUGCAGGCAGCGGGAAGCGGGACGACUCCUCAGUUCAUUUCCAUCUUAGCUACAGAGUGUUCGGUUGUGUUAAGUGAAUGUUUGUAUUUUAUGCGUUCAUGUCAUGAAUCGUAAUGUACAAGAAGAAGAAGCUUUGUUUUUGCUAGCAACAGCUGAAGAUAAGAUGCAAGACGGCGAUCUGUUUAGGUUCAUGAAAUCAAUCUAAAUGGACAUUUAUUUGGCGAGUACCAUACCCUUAUGCCGGAUCCAAAGAAAGACAAAAGGUGGUUUAUAUUUAUUUUAGGAUGACCAUCGCGUGUUUUGAUGAACUGUUCAAUGAACAACGCACUGGAAUCAUCCUCAGCCAUCUUCUCAAACGUCUCGGCACCAAAUAAGUCAUGUACCCAUGUGUUCCAGCGGCGGUACGAGCGGACAACGCUGCGGGACGGCGGGAGCGGUACCGCUCUAGUGUGGGUGCUCACAUCUAACACCAUGUGUUUUAAAAUCCCGCACGGGAACUCGUCCCGCCACCUACCCGCUCCCCGCCGCUUUCCCGCUUCGGUUUGGACGGGCCUUUAUGUUUCAAGGUUGAUUUGUUCUCUCAUUGCGCAAUAUUGAAUUUUUAUUUUGUUAAUGUAUAUUAGUGAUAUUAAGUUUUUUUUUUUUACAAAAGGCUUUGUUUAUUGAAUGCCACAAGCAAUAUGUUACAUCACAUACUCUUUUUGAUCUAUUUUUAGAGUUUAACAUUUUUUUCUGUUAAGCAUUUUAGGUUUUUUUUGUUUGAUGUUUAUUACUUUGUGUUAUUGAUUGGUGAUAUUAGUUAACUGAUUGUGCAGCUUUUGCCGAAUUAUGUAAGAAACUUAACACCUUAAAUAAUUCAUUUGGAUUCUGUAUUUGAUAAGUGUGUUAAUUAAAACUUGUAUGUGGGGAUGUGUUUGGUAUAAAAACAAUUACACUGCUUGCUAAGAUUUACAUAAUUAGUUGCCUUAUAUUGUUAGCCUAGUUGUUUUGGAUUUCAUGUCCAUUCUUUUUAGAAAAUUUCCCUAUAAGGAAUAAGCUAUAUUACAUUUUAUUGUUAAAUUUGCCUGCAUUUAAAAAUAAAUUAUGAGAAUAUGUGUGUUAUUAAAAAGUUUUUGAAAAUAUGCCUCUGUUGUUAAGUUUUUUUAAAAUAUAUUUAGCUUUGACUGUUGAUUGUAAGAGAAAACAUUUGUGUCUGUUUACUGUAUGUUAUUAAAUGUAACUGUUUCUUGUUGUAAACUACUGGGUGAUUUAACAGUGUUGAUUCUUGUAUGUCAUGGUAAAGGUUUCAAGUAAGAGAAGCUAUAUAAGUUUGAAACUUUGUAAAAUUUAAUACAGUGCCUAAAAUUUACUGUGUUUGUUUGUAUUUCAUUGCAAGUAAUAGCCUUCUAAAGUUAUUAAGGACGUGAAUAUCUAAGUAACGAGAUUUUGAAUGUACAGAAUUGAAUACUUGUUGAAUACAUUGAACCUUUUAUCUACCUUGCAGAGUUUUUUAAAAUAUCUUGUAGGCUUGUCUAAAGAAAGUUAGUACUUCCAGUGACGUGGGUGGGUGUAUGUAUCUAUUGUAUACUUUCAGAACUCUAAACAUAUCCUGUAUUCCUGUGGUAAUUUUAUGGAAUCAUUCAAAUCUUAGUCCAUCUUCACUUGUGAUCUUUUACAGUGCAUAUUGUAUAAGAGUAUUAUGGCAAAUUAUAAUACCUAUUUAAAAUUAAGUAUUAAGAUCUUGUAACAUUAUGUACAAAGCGAUAAAACAUGUAUACUAUUCAGUAGAGGACAGUAUAAGUGCUACAUUAUGUAGCUGAUGAUGAGUGAUUCUUUCACUUAAUGUACAUAUUUUUUGUCAGUAUUAUUAUUUUUUGUUUAUUUUAAAGAGAAUAUUUUUAUUUUAUGUUGUGAGUGUAUUUUGUUUUUGUGUUUGUGAUUUUGUUUGUCAAUUUUGCUAUUUGUAAUCCUUUUUUGUACUAUCAUAACAUGUUAUAUUUUUUUAACAUUGGCAUUUUCAUUACUUCAACGUUAAUAACAGUAUUACAUAUUUUCUAGUAUUAAAGUAUAAUAAAACAUUAGGUUAGGAAAAUAACGUUAAACAUGUUAAUCCAUCGAACAUCUGUACAAGCUAAAAGUGUCUUUUAAAUAUGUAUGAUCCCUCAAUUAGUUUUUCAUAGCUCACCUUACUUUUGCUUUUGAUUAAUUCUUUUCUUACUAUCUCGGUCCUUGAUUUGGUUUUCCAGCAAUAACUUAUCUCUAUCUUGCAUUUACUUCUGCAAAAUAACAUUUGCAUUACUAUUGUAAUCUUAUCAUUUUGUGUUGUGGUGCGUGUAUUAGGUAUUAGUUUAACAUAGAUCUUAGUCGUUCCACCGAGGAUUCUAACAAUGAUUUAAGUUAUUACACAUAAUGAUACUACAAAAACUUGCACAACAUUUUAUUUAAGACUAUUAGUUGUGUUAAUAGAUAUUACGUUGGAUGUUUAGUUGCCUCGGAUAAUAUUACUCAGAUCAUAAUAGAAAGUAUUUUAAUGAGUGCAGUUCAACUGAUAGUAGUUGAGAUCGCAUUUGAAGAGUUAAAUCAACAGUAUAAAUAAAUGUGAAAAUAUUUUUUUAUUUUAGAUACUUUAUAUUGUCAACUGUUCUAGGAAUGGUAUCUCGUGCCUGUUGUUAAAACAUAUUUUUGUAGUAAAGUCAACGUUUGUUGGUUUAACAUACAGUGUUAUAGUUUUUUAUUCUAAUUAGUAUUCCUUAAAAGUAUUUUUUCAUCUUAAUUAACUUAAAAAAAUUAUUGAAAUUGUAACAUAAAAAGAUAAAUUGCAUAGUGCCUUAGGCUAUAUAAGUGUUUUUGUAAUUACAGUAUGUGGUUUUAUAAUUUUCUAUUCUGGAGAAAUAGCUUAGAUUGAGACUUUUUCACCUAACUUGUAUUACUAACUGAUACGAGAUGUGUAACAUAGUUUGAUGAGGAAUAGUACUAGUUACCGAUCAUGUCAAAUGUGUUAUAUUAGUUUUUGCCCUACUUACUCAUUUCAUUAAACUAAACUAAACACUGUUUGCUAUUGAUAAUUUUGGUGGUUUAAUUUUUAAUAGGUUGUUGCUAAUUAGGUAUCACAGACUUUUGUUUUUCACUUUUCUUAAGGUAUGUUUAUGAACAUUGAACAUCUUUACCAGUUGUAUUUGGUGUAAAAUCAAUUAUUUUCAAAUGUGGUUAAAUGUUCUCCAUCAAACAACUAUUGUUACUGGUGUUUGCUAUUUAAUUUAGUUUGUUUGGAUCUGAUUAGCUAGGUACGGUACAGUACGAUCUUGAUAAUUUGACAAUUGACAGCCGACACGUUUGGCAAACCGACAAGCUUGUUAUGGACCUUUUGCUGUUAAGCGGGGAAAUGUUUUACAGUAGCAAAAGAUUUUUCUUGGUUUUUAGCGAAUUUCCUUAUAGGGAAGUAGCUAUUACUGUAGGUGGCACGGUAAGACCUGAAGCCGGGACCAAUAUACUUUUUCAUUUUUAUGUCCCUAGAGGCCAAAAACACUAUUCGUUCAUAUCUUUAUAUAUGAAUAUAUAUAUCCGUGUUUGAAGGUGUAAGGCGAAAUAAACUAGAAUGAGUUUGCAAACCAGCAUGAUCCGACCAUGGUAUCAGGGUUUUACAGGGUAAAAAUUGGGUUUUCUCAUUUUUGACCCUCAAAACAGAAAAUUUCCCAAUUUCUCUUUGAACCAUUUUAAAGAACUUAAAAAACAAAUAAUUUAGUACAGUAUACGAAAGUUUUUUUGUACGGUUAUUGGUUACUGGGAAAAUUAAAAAAUUGCUAAUUUAAAAUUCCUAUGUUAUUCUUAUGGAGAAUUUUUUUUAAUGUAGUUUGCUUGUUUAUGGAAAUAUUUUGAUCAAGCUUGGCAAAUUUAUAUAUUCUAUACUAAGCUACUAAUAUUUUACUAAAAACUCACUUUAUUAGCCUCCCUGUAGCAGUAAACUUAGUUACCAGUUAAACCUGUUAUUUAAAUAGAUUUGAUUUAAAAUCAAUUCAGGGAAAUGGAAAUUCGCUUAGUCUGCAGGUUUGCUGAGGCGGCGGGGUAGUGAUGUGCGAUACGGGUCAAUGUAUCGAUACUACGUAUCGGAACGUGGUGUAUCGUAUCGUAUCCUCAUGUAUCGAUUUUUAUCUGUAUCGGAUAAAAUAUCGUAUCGUAUUGUUUAUUUAUAAUAUAAAAAAAAUAAAGAUCUCAAAUAUACAAGCUGCAUAGACAAAUAUUAUGUUACUUACAAGCUUGUAAAGAGGGUUAGUGCUUGUAUCUUACCUCAGAAAAGCCGUUUCCUACCUGUGUCUUUAUUUAGUAUCAAACAUACAUACAUAACCUCCAAAUUCCAGUAAACCCUCAAAAUUGGAAAACAUUUUGUUAUUGUUUUCCUAGUUUUUACACAGGGAUAAUUAAUUGAACCAUAAAGUACUAAUAAUGGGAGCGUUUCAUAAACUCCAAAUUUCACAAACUCCAACGCUUAAAAUAUUAAAUAAACAGAGUGGUUCAUAACCUCCAAUUUUCAUAAGCUCCAAAUCUAUAACAUUCAAAUAAUCACUGUUUCACAAUGUCCAAAUUUCACAAACUCCAACGUUAAGAUACCAAAUAAACAGUGCGGUUCAUAAUGUCCAAAUUUCAUAACCUCCAACGGUACAGUCUGAGCCAGAAGUCUCUACAGUGGUUGACAAUUUCCGAAAUUACAAUCGGGGAAGCAUUUAUAUCAAAGAAUUUUGUUAACUAUAGACUACCGGUAAGCAUUAAAAUGCACAAACAUACGCCUGUAAAUUAAGUUACCAUUCUUCGUAAUGUAAUGACAUAUUUGAUGUAAUACAGUAUAAUGAUAAGUAAAUGCUAGAAACUCAGUUUCUAUAUCCCGUAAACUGAUGCUGAGCCGGCCAAACUCCUAGCGCCAAUGCCGCGCCAAGCGACUUUAUGCCUAUUUUUAAUCGCUUAAAAAUGAUACAAGCAGGCUCCGUAUCAAAAAAAGCUUCAAAUAAAAAAUAAAAUUCAUACUUUGAUCUAAAACUUUGCCGCAGGAAUUUUUUCCCUGACCAAAAAAUAAAAAAGUUCCUCGCUUACUACAUUUUUCAUGUUUUUUAUGGUGUUAAAAAACAAUCAUCUGUUUUAAUUUGCCUAAAUAAAUUAUAAAAAUUAUGUUAAGGUAAAAACUAGCUACAUAGUAAUGAGCACUGGUUUUUCCAGAAAAAUAAUAUAUUAAUUUGAAAUUUGUAUGUUAACAAAUAAGUGUAGCAGAGCAGGUUGAGUGAAUGUAUGUUUGUGUAAAACAGAAAGGUUCAUUCGGCCCGUCCGCCUCGGUAUCCCGGCAAUUCGAUUGACUUAUGGCAGAGACUGUACCGUUGGAGCUUAUGAAACUUGGAGGUUAUGAACCGCUCUGUUAAUUUGAUAUUUAAAAGUUGGAGUUUGUGAAAUUUGGACAUUGUGAAACUGUGCUUAUUUGAAAGUUAUAGUUUUGGAGUUUAUGAAGUUUGGAGGUUAUGAAACACACUGUUUAUUUAAUAUUUUAGACGUUGGAGUUUGUGAAAUUUGGACAUUAUGAACCUCACCCCUAAUAAUGAUGGUGGGUAUGUCACUUACUCAUUAAAUAGUAUACCGUAAUAUGGAUAAUGAGGGUCCCCACUUCCAUUAAUGGUGGCCCUAGUAUUGAGGUUAUUUGCAAAACAUAGCUGAAAAUACAUGUUUUAUCAGUGUUUUUGAAGAUGCUUGGGUAAAAUAUCAAAUUUCCACUACUAAUUUUGAGGGGAGGAAGAUGGGAAGACAAAUUUCUUACCAUAAAAAUAAGAUUUAUAUUAAUAAAUAAUCAAUAUGAUAUUCGAUACGAUAUUGGCUAUUGGUGUAUCGAUACGGGCAUAUCGAUACAAAAUAUCGGUAUUUUGCGGUCCUUGUAUCGAUACGCACAUCACUAUUCACUACGGCGGGGGCAUUUUAAUGUGUAUUGCUUUUUAUGACAGUUGUUUUUUGUAUCAAGUAUACAUUGACGAUUUUAAGUUAAACCUAUGUAUCGUCUUUAAAAUAUUGUAAAUAUCAUGAAACAAUGCCAUUAUAUUUUCAUAAAAGAGGAUUUUUGUAUAUUUUUAUCCAUCUGGCCAUGGAUAUUAAGUAUUAUACCCAUGGUAAUCACAAAUUCUUGUCAAUUCGACUUUUAGUCCUAUAUCUGUCAGGAUAUCAAUAUCAGCCUGUAUCUGCUCAGUUAAGAUCAGGGACAAUAGCUUUUUUUCUUUCAUCAUAUUUAUUUGUGGAAAUCUUUAAAAUGAAAUGAGUGAGUUGGGGAAAUGAAAUAUGACCAGUAUUUACUUACUACUUGCCUUUCAGAUCUGUUCUGUUCUUCCAUGUGAAUCUGGUUUUGUGUAUUAGUUUGUGGAAAUUGAGCUCUCUGAGCUAUUUUUGGUUUCAUUGAAUUAUGGUCUUUGCCAGAUUGUGCUGUUGUUAGCUCAGAUUUAUUUUACCUCUCUCUUGCAAAACCUUUUUCGUGUGGAAGACUUAUUUUAUUCAACUUGAAUGUCUGCAUAAAUCUUAGCUGAUGUUAUGGUCAUUGUGUUUUUAUAGGUUAAAAGAGAAUUGUAACUAGCCUAUUUAGUAUUAUGAUAGCUACUUAAAUAAAGCAACCAUUGUGAACAACUAAAUGUCUUUUUUUUAUCCAUU